UACUCCCGCAUGCGCAGUGGUUUGAGUUUUGUUUGAAGUGAAUUGCUGCCUGGAACUGCCCUAUAAGCUGCAAAGUCGCCAAGCAUUUGAUUUUUGGUGUAUAUUUUCCUCCUUCGUUUAGUACCUCUAUGCAUCGUAGAGACUAUGUUAGGCCAUCACUAUCCAAAUGCCGAAAAGUCUCAACAACUGGUCAACUAUGUGGAGGAUUAUCUGGAAUGUGUGGAGUCCCUGCCUUUGGACAUACAAAGAAAUGUUUCCCUGCUUCGAGAAAUUGAUGCCAAGUAUCAAGAGGUGCUGAAGGAGGUGGAUGAGGUGUUUGAGAAGUACAAAGGUGAACAAGAUGCAGCUCAGAGAAAGCGCCUGCAGAUCCAGCUGCAGCGGGCGCUUAUCAUCAGCCAGGAGCUGGGUGAUGAGAAGAUCCACGUGGUGACCCAAAUGACAGAGCUGGUGGAAAACCGUUCCCGCCAGAUGGACUCCCACUCCCUGUGCCUGCAGGAGCCCAGUGAGGCUGAGCGGGUCACCACAGAGCGUCGCUCCUUUUUUUUGCGCACAUCGACCCGGCGCCCACGGCGCCAGCGCAACAGCGAGAGCCGUGACUCAAGCCACGCAUCAGCUAAUGGCUCUCUGGUGGAUGACCCCGUGGAGGAGCUGUCCAUCCCUCCAUCACGUGAGAAGAAAUCCAAGUCCUCAAAGAAGAAGAAGCGCAAGGCCAAACAGGAGCGAGACGCCUCACCGGUAGACUUUGCCAUCGACCCUAAUGAGCCCACUUACUGUCUCUGUGAACAGGUUUCUUAUGGUGAGAUGAUUGGCUGUGACAAUGACCAGUGCCCCAUUGAGUGGUUCCACUUCUCCUGUGUGGGACUGACCUACAAGCCCAAGGGUAAGUGGUACUGCCCCAAAUGCAGAGGGGACAAUGAAAAGACCAUGGACAAAAGCCUAGACAAGAACAGAAAAGACCGUCGGUCCAGGUAGUGACCUUCAUCUUGAAGGCUUAGGACUCUGCGGUUUAGCUGACAACAGUACUUGUGGCUGUAAGUGCACAGCUGAACACCAUUAGGGGCAGCACUUAUUAUUAAUCAAGGACAAGUUGUGAUUAAACCUGUGCUCUUAGUUCACUGAUUGUGCCCACUGGCUCUAACUCUACUAGUGUCUGCAGGGAGUCCAUCUGCUGCAGGAGUCAUCAGCUUGAAGCCGCCAUCUUCCUCGUGUUUUGGUUUUUGUGAGAUUUUUUUUGUUUGUUUGUUUGUUUUUUGUUUCAGUCAUGGGGUGAAAAAGGAGAGCAUCAUUUGGGUUGCUAUCCCUCCUUCAUUCUGGUUUAGGUCCUAAUAUAAAAU